AUGACGCUUAUAGGUUCGCGCGCACCUUUGCCAGAAUCACCACUGCCGGUCGAGAAAAAACAUGUGCGCCAUCGGCUGAGACGGCACCAUUCAGCUGCUGUGUCGGAUAUUCGGCCUAGUCGAUUAGAGCGAGUCUUGCUGGUCGACGACAACCCUAUAAACCUCCAGGUGUUGUCUCGUCUGCUUCGACUGCAUAUGGGUGACAUUGUGAAAGACAUGACCCUUGUAAAAAGUGGGGUCAAGGCCCUCGAAGUCCUCGGCAGACAUUCUUUUGAUCUUGUUCUGCUGGAUAUUGACAUGCCACUUUUAAACGGAAUCGAUACCGCAAAACACAUCCGACAUUCCAAUACGUUUGACGUCCUGUUGUCCAACCAAACAAUUCCCAUCAUUGCCGUCACCACAAACGACUCACCUGAAGACAAAAUUGCAUACAUCAAAGCUGGAAUGAAUGGCUGUAUCAGUAAACCCGUCUCUCCUCUCUCCGUACGACAGACCUUAUUUCGCCUUUUGGAACACACACCGCACACACCUCUUUAA